UUUCCUUUCUUGGUUCUCUUUUCUUGAUAAUUUGUACAAAGAUUUUGAAUAUAUUAUGUGAAAGGUGGGGUUUUUAUAUAUAGUAUUGAAGUUCACUUGAAAUUGAUUUUCUUCAAAAAAUUAGUGUUUUUUAUCAUCUUUUAGAUUUUGGGGUUUUCUAUUUUGGUGUAAAGAUUAGACCUUUAUGCUCUUUUAUUAGUUUUCCAUAUUUUUUUUACUUAAGAAUUUCUUGUUCUUGGAGUGUGAAAAGGGGGGGAAAAGAAUAAGUGAGGAAGAAGGUAAUCUUGGGAUUUUUCUUCCAAGAUUACAUUUUUAUGGAUUUGGGGUUCUACCCUUUUGUUCAAAGAUUAGAGCUUUAAGCUAAUUUUUAAGAAUUUGUUGUUCUUGGAGUGAAAAGGAAGAAGAAAAAAUUGAGGUAGAGGGAUUUUUUUUUGAAAAUUUUGGUGCUUUGGUGAGAUGGGUAUGUUGGAUCUUGAGGCAUAUGAGUUUGUUAGAUCUAAAAAUGUGAAAGAUCAUAUUUUGUUAUGUUCUGUUUGGCAAUGAGAUGUUACUGGAUAUUUGCCUUUCAUGUUGAUUGAGUGGACAUUUUGAAAAACUCAAAAUUUGGGACUUUUCCAGGUUAUAGAUAUAUAAUUAUGUUAAGGUGGUUGUUUGUGGGAUUCUUGAUCUCUUUAUUCAUCAUAUCUGUUAUAGCUACUGAUAAUGAGUUCUCCAACUGUAACUGUGAUGAAGAGGGUGUCUUUUGGAAUAUACAUACCAUUCUUGAUUGCCAAAAAGUGAGUGAUUUCUUGAUUGCAAUUGCUUAUUUUUCGAUUCCACUCGAGUUGCUUUACUUUAUAAGUUGCUCUGAUGUUCCAUUCAAAUGGGUUCUUGUUCAAUUCAUUGCAUUCAUAGUUCUAUGUGGAUUGACUCAUUUGCUCAAUGGAUUGACUUAUAGUGCUCAUCCUUCAUUCCAAUUGAUAAUGUCCUUAACCGUUGCGAAAAUCCUAACCGCCCUUGUUUCUUGUGCAACUGCAAUUACCCUUUUGACUUUGUUCCCUAUGCUACUUAAAGUUAAGGUUAGAGAACUAUUUUUGACUCAAAAUGUGUUGGAGCUUGAUCAAGAGGUUGGUAUGAUGAAGAAACAGAAAGAAGUGUAUACUCAUGUCCGAAUGCUGACACGUGAGAUUAGAAAGUCGCUUGAUAAACAUACGAUAUUGUAUACUACUUUAGUUGAGCUUUCAAAGACAUUGAAUCUGCAGAAUUGUGCUGUUUGGAUGCCAAAUGAGGAUAGGUCAUUGAUGAACUUGACACACGGGUUAAGUCCCGGUUCUGCUGUAGAAUACCAUCGUUCACUUCCGAUUGAUGAUCCGGAUGUGUUAGAGAUAACAAAGAACAAAGGAGUGAGAAUUUUAAGACAAGAUUCGGUUCUUGCAGCUGCAAGCAGUGGAGGGCCUGGUGAGCCUUGUACUGUUGCAGCGAUUCGGAUGCCGUUGCUUUGUGCUUCGGAUUUCAAAGGUGGGACACCUGAGUUGGUUGACACUCGAUAUGCUAUUUUAGUUUUGGUUAUGCCGAGUGCAAAUGAUGAUUGUAGCCAUAAUGAGAUGGAGAUAGUGGAAGUAGUUGCUGAUCAGGUGGCUGUGGCCCUAUCCCACGCAACAGUUCUUGAAGAGUCACAAUUAAUGAGGGAGAAACUAGAAGCGAGGAAUGGUUUGCUGCAACAGGCUAAGGAGAAUGCCGUGAAGGCAAGCCAGGCAAGGAAUUCGUUUCAGAAGGUAAUGAACAAUGGGAUGAGACGGCCAAUGCACUCGAUUUUGGGAUUGCUUUCCAUACUUCAAGAUGAGAGCACAAGCUCUAACCAGAAGAUUAUAAUCGACACAAUGGUGAGAACGAGCACCGUGCUGUCAAAUUUAAUAAACGAUGCAAUGGAUAUACCCGACAAAGACGAAGGGAGAUUCCCAGUAGAAAUGAUGCCCUUUCAGCUGCAUUCACUGAUUAGAGAGGCUUCUUGUCUUGUUAAGUGCCUGUGUGUUUAUAAGGGCUUUCGCUUUUCCACGGAUGUUUCCAAUUCUUUACCUAAUCUGGUGAUGGGUGAUGAGAAGAGAACGUUUCAGGUUAUACUUCAUAUGGUGGGACAUCUAUUGAAUAUCAGCUCCGGAAGGGGCUCCAUUGUAUUCAAGGUUAUUCUGGAGAGUGGAAUCGAGGGGGGGAAUGAUAAGCUUCAGGGAGCAAGAAAACAUAGCGUAUUUGAUGAAUAUGUUACCAUAAAAUUUGAGAUUGAAGUUAGUCGUGGAGGUUCUCAAACAGAUAGCUCAAUCUCAACUUCUCACUUUGGCGGAAAGAGGUACAACAGCAAAGAGUUAAAGGAAGGCAUGAGUUUCAGCAUGUGCAAAAAGCUUGUUCAGAUGAUGCAGGGAAAUGUAUGGAUGCCCUCAAAUACCGAUGGCCAUGCACAAAAGAUGACUCUUAUUCUCCGAUUUCUUAAACAGUCAUCGUUCAGAAAACAUAUGUUUGAGCUUGUAAAUCCUUUGGAGCAAGCGAUUUCAAGCUCAACGUUCAAAGGCCUCCAAGUUCUACUUGCUGAUGAUGACGACGUUAACAGAAUGGUAACCAAAAAACUGCUUCAAAAACUAGGCUGCCAAGUGAUUGCUGUUUCGUCUGGUUUUCAGUGCCUAAGUGCAAUGGGACAUUCAACAACUUCCAUCCAAGUUGUCAUUUUGGAUCUUCACAUGGCGGAAAUGGACGGAUUUGAAGUGACAACAAGGGUACGAAAAUUCCACAGUCGUAACUGGCCGUUGAUCAUAGCCUUGUCUUCUACUUCAGAGCAACAAGUAUGGGACAGAUGUCUACAGGUUGGAAUCAACGGUCUCAUACGAAAGCCUGUUCUCCUGCAAGGAAUGGCUGAAGAACUUCAAAGAGUCUUACAAAGAGCUGGUGAAGGCUUUUAAAGUAAUACCAAUGGAAAAAACGAACGUGGAGUUGACGAAACUGUCCCGAGCCUGUAGUCUGAUCCGCAAAAUUUCACUCAGUGGCAGAGCCAGGAUUUCCAAUAAGGUGAGUCGAAAAAAUGCAAGAAUGUCACACAACAGAUUCAAACUUGUGGCCUAAAGCCAUUUUAAAAGCUUCUCUUUGUAUUGAAGGGAUCCCAAAAUACAAGUACACAGGAAAAGAAUGUUUUUACCCUAGUUGCACAGUAUAAUUUUUCGACGAAGGAUAUUCAAAUGAAUCAAUUUCUUGCUAACCUUAUAGUUUGUAGAGUUUAUAUUGUAUAACCUAUAUAUCAAUUUGUCAUUCAUUAGUGUAUUUCUCUACUUUAUGGUAUACGUCUUGUAUACCGCGAUAUUCCUUGUUUCUUCUGUCUAACAAUAGUUAUUGUUUAUUUUUCUAGCCAGUAUA